UCCAUUCCACUCCACCCCAUAAGAGCUCCGUCCCCUGUCCAAUAUGGCGACUUUCAACCGCCUCUCGCAGAGGAUAAUGGAGAACUUCCAAGAAACAACACGCGACCUCUCCCUCAUCGCUGGUCCGGGAUCAUCCACCACCUACUUUGAUACGUCCGAUGAGAAACUGAAGGAAAUCUCCAAGCUGCUAGAGAGCAGAAGCGAAAGAGAAAGGCUGGAAGGUAUGAAGAGGAUCAUUGCAGGGAUGUCCAAGGGAAGGGAUAUGGAGCCAUUUUUCGCUCAGGUCGUGAAAAACGUAGUCUCCCAAAGCAUCGAGAUCCGCAAGUUAGUCUACAUCUACUUGCUCAGGUUUGCUUCAACAAACUCCGACCUUGUGCUUCUGUCUAUCAACACCUUUCAAAAGGACUUAUCCGAUCCUUCUCCGCUCAUAAGGUCUAUGUCUCUGCGAGUAUUAACGUCUAUCAGAGUCCCUGUCAUUCAAGGUAUUAUCAUGCUGGGACUAAAGAAGCUUGUGAAUGAUCGGAAUCCUUGGGUACGCAAGACAGUCGCAGGUGGACUUGCCAAAGUCUACGAAAUGGAUAACUCCUCCCUUCCUUCUCUCAUUUCACUUCUACAGACCCUUCUAUCCUCCCCGUCACCUCUUACUCUCGGAGCCUCACUCACCGCUUUCCAAGAAAUGUGUCCCGAACGUCUCGACCUCCUUCAUCCCUACUUCCGGCACAUAUGUCGGCUCAUCGUUGACGCAGACGAAUGGGGACAAGCUGUCGCCUUGGAAGUCCUUUCUAGGUAUGCGAGAGUAAUGUUGGAGAAGCCUGUCGGUGUGGGUGCAGUACGUCCUCAACCUAUGACGGAACAGCAGAAGCACCAGGACGAGAGCGAGGACGAAUUUGAAGGUGUCGACCAAGACUUGGCUAUGCUUCUCUACUGCAUUAAGCCUCUUUUCCACUCUCGGAACCCAGCUGUAAUUCUCGCAACCGCGAAAGCAUAUUGGUAUCUCGCCCCGAUUGAUAAUGCCAUCGUCGGACAACAUUUACUUGUAAAGCCAUUGCUUAGGCUAGCAGGAAGCUCGAAUAGUGAGGAGGAUAGAGCCAAGGAAAUUGUGGCCUUAACAUGGGAAAUUCUGGCUGAGAUGGUAGACGAGAGACCCUGGCUUUUCAUCCCUUAUCAAUCGUCAUUCUUCCUUCAUUCUCAAGAUUCUUCCCUUGUGCAGAAAGCUAAACUCAGGGCUCUGGGCUCGAUGGUAACCCCUGAAAACGCGACUGUAUCUAUGCGGGAGUUCAAGCAUUACAUCCGAUUGCCAGAUGAAAUCGUGGCGGAGGAAGCAGUGACAGCGAUUGGUAGCUGUAUCAAAACCCAUUCGGAUUUGGCGUCUUCAGGCCUGGGUGCACUCAUGAAAUUACUCAAGAGUGAUAGAGAGACCCUUGUGGCUCAGGCCGUGCUCGUAUUGAAGUCUGUAAUACUUUCGCAUUCCCAAGCGCUUGGUUCUUCCAUAUCUCCUCAGCGUCUCGUUGCCCGUUUGGCUAAAGGCCUCGACUCUAUUAACAAUCCCAAAGCUCGAGCUAGCGUUUACUGGCUUGUUGGACAAUUCUCCGCAAUCGACCCUUCUGAAGAAUCAGAGAAGAAGGGUCUGGGCUGGGAAGGCGUAGCCCUCUGGGUACCUGAUGUGCUUAGGAAAGCGAUUAAGGGUUUCGCCAACGAAUCCGUCUCUGCGAAGCUCCAAAUCCUCACGCUCGCCAUCAAAAUUUUGGUCAUUGCACCUUCAAACCCCAAGCUGGACUUGAUGGCCCAGUAUCUCUUCAUGCUCGCACGCUAUGAUGCCGAUUAUGAUGUGCGUGAUCGUGCGCGAUUCUUAAACGCUCUUUUGCGUGGGGUCCGAGCGGAGAAGCCUGUCAAUAGCAGUACUGCCGACAGUCCGCCCGUCGAGGAGGAACAUGAACAAGAUACAGGUGGGGUCGUACUUAGACGUGAACAAGUCAAAUUUGCAGUUUCGGGUAGGAGGCAACUGGGAGCUGUAGAAGUGGCGGAAAACAGUAGGCGUGGGGAGUUUGAGGUAGCUUCCACCUCAAGGAUCGCGGGCAAAAAGUUGAAGGGAUACGAGGCCCUACCAGAAUGGACGGAUGAUCCUACAGAUUCGUCAUUGCGAGAUUCAGAUCUCGAUAAACCCCAAAUGACGACACCUGCACCCACGGCUAUCUCAUCACAAACCCCCAUACACCCUCAUGCGCCUUUACACGUUUCUUCAGCAUCAUCCAUACCUAAGCGUGCUCUCCAAAAUACUGCUUCUGUAGCAUCAGCAUCCCCCGCCGGCAGCUCACCAGCUGGAUCGGCGCGUCAAACAGCCAUGAUUAAUUCCAAGUUCCAGGAUCUGGAUGCGUUUUUGAAUAGCGAGACUGAAUCGGAGACAGAAACGGAGACGGAGGCGGAAAGCGAGGGCGAGGAGGAGAGCAAAGACGCUAGGGUACGAGGUGUGGUAUCUGAUAGACUAGGCGGUGUGGCGAUCGAGUACGAAUAUGAUGAAGAGACAGACGAAAGUGAAGACGGGAUGGACAGUGAGACAAGCGAAGGCGAAGACCAGAGGCUUUAUAGAGAAUAAAAUGAGCAGAUCAGAAGAUAUGCAUUAACGUAG